GGCACCUACGCCACGGUGUACAAGGGCCGCAGCAAACUCACCGAGAACCUGGUGGCCCUGAAGGAGAUCCGGCUGGAGCACGAGGAGGGGGCACCGUGCACGGCCAUCCGCGAGGUGUCGCUGCUGCGGGAUCUCAAACACGCCAACGUGGUGACGCUGCACGACAUCGUCCACACGCCCCAGUGCCUCACCCUCGUCUUUGAGUACCUGGAUCGGGAUCUCAAGCAGUACCUGGACGACUGUGGCAACGUCAUCAGCAUGCACAACGUCAGGCUGUUCCUGUUCCAGCUGCUGCGGGGCCUCGCGUUCUGCCACCGGCACAAGGUGCUGCACCGUGACCUCAAGCCCCAGAACCUCCUGCUCAGCCGCCGCGGGGACCUCAAGCUCGCCGACUUCGGCCUGGCCCGAGCCAAGUCCAUCCCGACCAAGACGUACUCGAGCGAGGUGGUGACGCUGUGGUACCGCCCGCCCGACAUCCUGCUGGGCUCCACCGAGUACUCCACCCAGAUCGACAUGUGGGGCGUUGGCUGCAUCUUCUCGGAGAUGGUGACGGGGCGGCCGCUGUUCCCCGGAGCCACCGUGGAGGAGCAGCUGCACUUCAUCUUCCGACUACUGGGGACCCCGACGGAGGAGACGUGGCCGGGGAUCGGGGCCAACGCUGAGUUCCGGGCCCACAAGUACCCGCUGUACCCGCCCGAGGGGCUGCGGCACCACGCCCCACGGCUGGACCAUGACGGUGCUGACCUGCUGGGGCAGCUGCUGCAGUUCGAGGGGCGACGGCGGCUGCCGGCGGCGGAGGCCAUGGCACACCCCUUCUUCGGCUGCCUGGGCCCGCGGGUCAGCGCCCUGCCCGACACCACCUCCAUCUUCGCCCUGAAGGAGAUCCAGCUCCAGAAGGAGCCGGGGCUGCGCACGAACCCCCUGCCCCCCCCAGGUUCUUCCGCCUUCCGGGUGCUCGACACUGAGUUCUGAUGCUGAGCAGCCUCUGGACUGCUGCUGCAACCUCCCAGGACCCCCCAAAACUGAGGGGGGGGGUGUGCCACAAAACUGGGGGGUGAUGCCCAAAAUAAGGGCUCACCCCAAAACUACGGGAGGGCCCCCUGGACCGGUAACGACGGCCCCCCAGACAACCCCCCGAAGAACUGCUGCUGGAUUUGGGGGGGGUCAUGUGGGACCCCCCCACUGGAGGGGGGUUUGGGGUCCCCCCUAUUUUUUUGGGGAGUUCCCUUGAGUCUGGGGUUUCUUCCCCCCCAAUUUACUUCGAGUUUUAUUUUUUCAAGGCAAUAUUAUAAAUAAGAGUCUAUAUGGGUCCCUCCCCCCAAGGGGCGGGGCUCAGAGGGGGUGGGGCACAGCAGGGCAGGGCCUGGCAG